AAAUAAAUAAAUAAAUGAAGAGUUGGAGGAUGUCCAUGGCUACACCGACCAAUCAGUUUGCUGCAUUUUGGAGGCCUAUGUUGCAGGGAUCCACUCAUUGACAUUUGGCACUUGCACUUAAGAGGCUCCCCGUCUGUGUCACAGGAUAAAGCUGCUCAUUGGACACCAUGACAGCAGAUAAGGAGAAGAGAAGGGCGAUCAGCCGUGAGGCAGCUCGAAGGAGGCGGCGGGUGGAGUCUGACGUGUUCGAGGACUUAUCCCGUCUCCUUCCUGUCCAGCCGUCCAUCCAAGCUCACCUGGACAAGCCUUCAGUCAUUCGCCUCACUCUGAGCUACAUCCGAAUGUGCACGCUGCUCAGAGGCGAUGCUGAGACACGCGCAGACUCCAGUCAAACAAGAAAAAAGGAAGAGGCGAGACAGCAGAAACCACAAGAAGAAGAACAGGAUGUAGAGGAGACAAACAUGUACCUGAGGACUCUGGAGGGGUUUGUGAUGGUCGUCUCUGCCGAUGGAGACAUUGUCUUCCUCUCUGACAAUGUCAGCACACACAUGGGUCUGACACAGACCGAGCUGAUGGGACACAAUAUUUUUGAGUUUACUCACCCUUGUGACCACGAAGAAGUCAGGAAUAGCUUACGUCUGCCAGCGGGUGUUAGGACGGACUUGGUCAUGAGAAUAAAAAGCACUCUGACGCAAAGAGGAAGAGCUCCCAACCUCAAAUCAGCCACAUGGAAGGUUCUGCACUGUCAGGGCUGUGUGAAGGCGUGUGCCGCCUCGCCUUCGGUGUCCUGCCUGCUGAUGACAUGUCGACCUUUGCCCCUCUCUCACACGCUCCUUAGCUCACACACCUUCAGCAGCCAGCACAGCAUGGACAUGAGGUUCACACACUGCGACCACAGAGUGACGGCACUACUUGGUUACAGACCGGAGGAGCUGCUCGGCCGCUCGCUCUAUGAACUGUGUCAUGCUAUGGACACAAACCGUCUGACCAACAAUCACGUCAACUUGUAUCUGAAGAGCCAGUCCAUCAGCGGUCAGUACAGGAUGCUGGUGAGAGGUGGAGGGUACGUCUGGGUGGAGAGCCACAGUGCAGUCAUCACCAGUGUCCGUUCUUCCAAGUCCAGGCCCAGCAGCCUCCAGCCACACUGUGUCCUCUGUGUUACCUAUGUCCUCAGCGGCGUGGAGGAGCCAUCCCUGCAGCUGUCUUUGGAUCAGACCGUUCGGAGGCCGUGAGGUGAAAACCCUCUCCGCCUCAUUGUGCGUCCUCAUCACUUAACUGUACUGAACUCAAUAAAAAGCUU